AUCAUACAAUUGUCCAUCCAGUCAUCGAAAUCAGCCAGCAAAGCUCAAACGCACCAUCGCGGAAGAGAGAGACAGAGAGACAACGCAGCAGAUUUGGGUUUUCUUUUUUGUCUCCUGCUUUCUGCAAAUCCUCUAAACAGUGAUUAUCGUCGAUCACUGUUCACAUACCCUCAAUCAAACUCUGAUAAUCGAUCCCUCUUUACCCUCACUUUCUCCCUGAAUCACCGCAUUUUAGAUUUCCUCCUCAAAUUUGCCCUAGAAUUUGUUGGCUGAUUGAUAGGCACUGAGUUGACUUGCUCGAGUUGCGGAUGGUUUUGGGGAAUUCUUGAGGUGUUGGUGCAGUUGAUUCAUGGGUAGUAGUGAGAUGGACAAACCUGCAAAGGAGGCAAAGGAGCCGAAGACACCUACCCCUACCCCACAGGAGCAGUCUUCAUCUACACCCACUGGCACGCCGACUCCAGACUGGUCUGGUUUUCAGGCAUAUUCUCCAAUGCCUCCACAUGGGUACUUGGCAUCGAGCCCUCAAGCUCACCCCUACAUGUGGGGAGUUCAGCACAUCAUGCCACCCUAUGGUACACCACCUCAUCCGUAUGUUGCUAUGUAUCCUCAUGGUGGUAUUUAUGCUCAUCCGUCUAUGCCUCCGGGAUCUUAUCCUUUUAGUCCUUUUGCUAUGCCUUCCCCUAAUGGCAUCGCUGAAGCUUCUGGCAAUACGCCUAGCAGCAUGGAAGCAGAUGGGAAGUUGCCUGAGGGGAAGGAAAAACUACCGAUCAAAAGAUCUAAGGGAAGUUUGGGCAGUCUUAAUAUGAUUACAGGAAAAAAUAAUGAACCUGGUAAAACCUCAGGAGCAUCUGCUAAUGGAGUCUCUUCCAAAAGUGCUGAAAGUGCAAGUGAAGGUUCAAGUGAAGGAAGUGAUGCAAGUUCUCAAAAUGACUCACAAACGAAGCCUUCGGAAGCUGAAGCAUGUCGAAAUGGUGUAGCUACGCGUGGUUCUCAGAAUGGAGGACCAACUACACUUCCAACCAUGGUUAAUCAAUCAAUGGCAAUUAUGCCAAUGCCAGCUGUAGGUGCUCCAGGUGGUGUCCCUGGUCCCACCACAAACUUAAAUAUUGGUAUGGAUUACUGGGGUACUGCAACUCCUCCUACCCUCCCUGCACUGCAUGGGAAGGCAACUCCUGCUCCAGUUGCAGGGGGGAUGGUCACUGCUGGAUCUCGUGACAGCCUUCAAUCACAGCUGUGGCUACAGGAUGAAAGAGAACUUAAAAAACAGAGAAGGAAGCAGUCCAACAGAGAAUCUGCUCGUCGAUCCAGGUUACGAAAACAGGCGGAAUGUGACGAGUUAGCUCAGCGUGCUGAAGCUUUGAAUGAAGAAAAUGCCUCACUUAGGUCAGAAUUGAGUCGCAUCAGGAAUGAGUAUGAUCAGCUUCUCGCACAGAAUGCUUCUCUGAAGGAGAGACUUGGGGAAGAAGUUCCUGGGCAAGAAGAUGACCAACCUGUUGGGAACGACACGCAACAGACUGGGCAAACAUAACUUAAGCAGAGUGGUCAAUGAGGAUCCCUGCUGCCGCACUGCGGAGUGAUUUGUAGGGAAUUAUGCUAACCAAUUAGUAACAGGAUGACCGUAAUUUACAUAGUUAAUGUAGUUUAAGAUAAUGUAAACCCUGACCUUUUUAGUCUCAGGAUCUACUCAUCUAAUUGUAUCCGUCUCCUAGGGCCGGCCAUUGUUUAAGGUCGAAAGUCCUACGUGCAUGUCGAGUCUAAAGUCUGUCAUUUGUCUCGGGAUUAUGUAUUAAGUUAGGGUUGAUGGUUAUGUGUACACCGGGAGAGUCAAUAAACCUUGAAUUUGUUAUACUUCCUGUGAAUUUAGUUGUCUCUGUAUACGGUUUGUGUGUUGGUGAUGAUGGCGUAUUGAAUAUUGCAGUUCGAAAUAUCUUAUUCAAAGUUCUUGUACGAGAAA